ACGGUUGGUUUGUGUUAGACGUCGAUGUCGUGUAGCUCGCGUGAAAAAUUGGCGUUUCCUUGCCUCCAGCCAUUGAGGACUCUGCUUCUUGUCUAGACUAUCCUGUCUUGAAUUGCAAUCGCAUCGAAGAAACAGUUGGUAGAUUGGAUUUAAAUAGUGUUGAAGUGCAGACAGUUCUACCUUUUUCCUAGCCACCGACGAGGCGAGAAAAGUGAAGAUCUUCGUUUCGAUUAGGAUUUGAGUGUGUGUGCGGUCGAGAAAGUGCAUCCUCUUAAGGUUCUCUAGCUGAAGUUCACUUCCAUUCAGAAUGAAGUAAACUGUGAUACGCCUAUACGUAGUCAUUGUACACUCACACUAGUGCAGAAGUAUCCUUCUGAACUGACCGGAGGAAGCUGCUGUUUGCAGACCGGCUCUGUGUAUUGGUGCAAUGCUCCUGUUUUGUUGAUAGUGGGUGGUGUCUAAAGUGCAAAGAUGAAUAACAUCCAAUUUAAAGAAUUUCGUUUUGUGAUUAUCAGUUGAAUUCGAGUGAGGGCAAAAAGGAUUCUCGCGUUUGGAAGGUGUUGCGACCGACCAAACAGGUAUUCGUUUGUAGCACCGCGAGCACUCCGGAUUGUGCGGUCUCUGAACGACUGAGUGGUUUGAAGUGAAUAAAAGUUUGAAUGAAAAAGAUGAGAUCAGUCGCUGCUAGAUGAGUGGAGGCUUGCUCCGGCCAGCUUUCACAUGCAGUUAUGAAAGUUAUCGAUCAACCAGUGAAGAGUGGUGAUAAUUAAAACAAGCGGUUCAAGAAAAAAUAAAUAGUAAGGGAAGAGACACCAGCAGGUGGCACAGGAGACCAGCAUCAUGACAGAAAGAAAGUUUACUCGGGGGCUAAACAAGCCCGGAAUGGCCGCCCAGCUGAGGGAGAACAUCUCGCAAGUUGUACGUGAAUCUGCUUCACUUAGCAAACCUGUUCUGGUAGAGCCGAUCGACUUUGAAGGAUUUAUGAUCAAAAACAAAACUCUUAUUCAAAAUGAUCCUCAGCGUGAACUGCUGCUGUACCCCAAUGACGACGUCAUGGAAGUAAUGCUUACGAAAAAAUUUCGCACAAUCACCAACAACAUUCCGAGCUUUUCCAAAACAGCAAUUACUAACGGCAGCACACCUCCAGUUACUGGUUCACCAGCGGCCGAAAACAACAGCAAACCUUCUUCGCCGACCUUGAAUCCACAAGGCCAUUUGUUGACCCGCCAAGCACUGCAUACGUACGAAACGGCCAAUCAUUUGAUCCACUACAAGUACAGUGCUUACGGAGGAACAUAUUUCGAACUGCCCAGAAUAUCACCGUCUGAUGAACUAAAGGAAGAAUUAUACGAAAUCGAUACUGAUCACGAUAGAUUAGAUGAGCAGAUGACCCGCUCUCAGGCGGAUUCUAUCACGAAGCAGGGUUAUCUGUUGAAAGGUCCAGAAACAAAUUCAGACCGUAUGUUUGCCCACAUAGGCUCUAAAUCGUUCAAACGACGCUACUGCUAUCUUCGCCAGGAGAUCGACGGAACCUACAUUCUAGAGUUACACAAAGAUGAGAAACAGAUUGAAGCGAAGACUACCAUAGUAAUGGACUUCUGUACCGAGAUUGUAACGAAUCCGAAAAAGGGACGGUACUGUUUCGAGCUAAAAAUGAAUGCUGGCCAGCACAAGUCCUUUACGUUGGCCGCGGAUGAUGAGGCAGAUAUGGAAGACUGGGUUAAGAAGAUUUCCACGGUGAUACAACAAAACAAGCUACAAGAAGACAAGCGGGCAGCCUCACUGGAACGAGCGCCACCACCUAGUCCAAGUACCAUGAUGUAUGGAACCCUCAAAGGCCUAGAGCAGAGCAUGAACCCCCAAUUGAUGAAGUAUGGUCGCGAAACAGAUCUCUCUAUUGCACAGGCUAGAAAGGAUAAUCGGAGAAGACUUUUUGGAGCAAGCCAGCAAAUGUAUGCGGCGCAAUCAAAUGCGACAAAAACGGAUUCUACAGAGCCGUAUCGGGAGCAGUUCGGUCAACGAAUUAUACUGAAAUGUGACUCGCUUAAAUUCCGCCUGCAGGCUCCACUGGAUAGCACUUCUGGAGCUACAAAUGGGGCCGCUAACAGCGAAAGUGACGCGACUUUAUGUCAGCUCGAGCCCUACUUGACCAGUGUGGCCCUGUACGAUGCCAAGGCCAAUCGCAAGCUGAGUGAAAGUUUCUACUUCGACUUGAACAAAGAUCACGUGCGCGCAAUGCUGAAUGCCAACCGCGACUCCGAGAAACCGCAGUGCACCUCACCAAAGUCGGCCAGUAAAUCACACCAAAACGGUCACGGUACGCUGCGACAUUCGAAGACCCGCUGUGACACCAGUGACGACCUGCACCCAGAUGUAACAAGAGAAUGGUUAGCCCAAGCGAAGCAGGCAAUUUUCAGUGUCACCACACCACAUCCGGACAUUUUUGUGGUGGUGAAAAUCGAUAAAAUCCUCCAGGGAGCGGUCAAUCCUUCGACGGAACCCUACCUGAAGGCCACCAAAGACGUUAAGAUUCUAUCCAAACUGCAAAAAAAUGUACGUCAGUACGCGCAAAAAUGCGGUCACUAUCGAAUGCCCUUCGCUUGGGCGGCUCGACCGUUGUUUCGUCUGUAUAGUAACGAUUUAGAUACAUCGUUUGAUUUUCCCGCAAUCUAUCGGCAAGAAGGAGCACGGCUAAAGGACGACGAAUUGCUGAAACUAUUGGCGGAGUACAGAAAGCCGGAUAAAUUUAGUAAAUUAACUGUCAUUCCUGGAUCCUUGAAGAUUUUUAUUGAGACAUUGAAUGAGUUCCCACCAAAUUGUUUAACAACGAGCUUAGUCCCAUUGAAACCAUUCCCAUCACCACCGACCGUGGAACCCACGCUGGAAAUAACGGAAUUUGUUGGUACCUCGGAGCAACAUUUAUAUCCAUACGCCACCUAUGUCAACCAUUUGUAUGUGUAUCCUCUGCAACUUAAUUACGACAGUCAGAAGAUAUUCUCCAGGGCUCGGAACAUAGCAGUGCUGAUAGAGCUUCGAGAUAGUGAUACGGCAGAGGCAAAAUCGAUUGAAUGCAUUUACGGUCGUCCUGGUCAACCGACACUGAUCUCUCAAAUGUCGUGUCCAGUUAUCCAUCACAACACAAGUCCCACGUGGUAUGAGGAAAUCAAGCUACGUUUGCCACUGCGUAUUACGGCGCAACAUCAUCUGCUAUUCUCGUUCUUCCACGUAUCCUGCAAUAUUGCUAAAAAGAAGGAUCUGGUUUCUACCAGCGCCGAAACACCCGUUGGCUAUGCUUGGCUCCCACUGCUAACCAAAGGUAAAAUGAUUGUCGAAGAGCAAUGCUUAGCAGUGGCCGCAUCACUCCCCGUCGGUUAUCUUUCGAUUCAACCGCUCGGCCUUGGCAAGGGGCAGAACUCCGGUCCGGAUAUCCAGUGGAUCGACAAUCAGCGGCCGAUUUUUACUGUUAAUUUCCGGCUGGAUUCCACCGUACUCACUACGGAUCAGCACCUGCAUAACCUCUUCGUACACGCCGAACGUCUGCUGGAACAUAGCAAAACGACCCCACAGCCGGCUGAAUCGGAAACCUGCAAGAUACUGAAAGCCGCUCAUGCCAUUCACGUUAGCUCUCUAAUCAGUUUUCUGCCGACAAUUCUGAACCAGUUGUUUUCUUUGCUGGUUGCGACCAGCAGCGAAGAGAUCGGUCUGAACAUUAUCCGAUUGCUCGUCAAUUUGUUCCAUAUGGUAGCGGAAGAAGCGAAGCGCAAGGAGCUGUUAACUUCGUAUGUGAAAUAUGUGUUUCGGAUCGAGGGAUAUCCGGUGAACGGCUGUUCACCAAAAUCCCAACAGGUCAGCACUGUUCACGGCGAAUUGUGUCGGCAUCUGCCAACUUUGCUGCACCCUAAUAACACCGAUUUUCUAUUAGUGAACAAGUUCAUGAAAUUCUCCGGAAUUUUCUUUGACAUUAUCGUUAAAAGCAUGGGUCAUUUUCUGCUCACUACCGGUCGAAUCAAGAUGCAACGAAACGAGCGCUUCCCGAAAGAAUUUUCAACCAGGAUUGAGGCUCUCUUCCAAGUACUGUUGCCGUAUCUAAGCUCCCGCCAUAAAGAUCUUCCACUGGAGACAGAGCAGCUGAACCGUAGUAUGUCAGUAUUUGUGAAACGUUGCCUGACCUUCAUGGAUCGUGGCUUCGUUUUUCGACUCAUCCGGAUUUUUAUGGAUCGCUGGGGUCCGGGCGACUCCCGCAUUCUACAGGAAUACAAAUUUUCCUUCAUUCGAGAAGUUUGCUCCCACGAACAUUUCAUUCCUCUGAAUCUUCCGUUUCUACUCAGUCCGAACAAUCGUCCACCGGAUUUGUUGCAGCAGUUCUGUCUCUCGGAGGAUUUUUGCCGGCAGCAUUUUCUUGCCGGCCUGUUGCUACAAGAAGUGAAAGGAUCACUCAACGAGGUUAGCCAUAUUCGGAAGCUCGGUUUGACAAUAUUGAAGGAACUGUUGGCUAAACACGAUUUGGACGAUCGCUACCAGAACAAAGGACAACUGAGUCGAAUAGCUCUACUGUACGUACCCUGGUUAGGCAUUGUGCUGGAGAACAUCAAUCGUAUUCCUGACGGGAUGGAGAAGAAGAAACAUGAUUCCAUUGGAACCAACAGAAUGUCCUGCAGCAGUAGCUAUGUAUUCGCCAGAGAGUCUACCCCAGUGAGCACACCAGUGACGGUAAUAUCCCGUACCAGCACUCCCAAGUCGCGUAGCAAUCGAGUUACAAUGCAUCUAGAUUGUCCUAGUCCAAUUCGGUCAUCUCUACACCUGAAGGACACCAGCUUUCUGGCAGCAAUUGCCGGUCAAGUUUCGCUCGCCAACGGUCACUCGACAUCAUCGCUCAACUCUGAAUGCUCAACACUAUCCCAGGAUGGUACCGUAGUGAUACGUAACAACCACAAUGAUCAGAUCAACGGAUCAUCGCGACCUAGUCACGCGCGAUCAGUAAGCGUUACCCAACCCACCAUCAUCCAAAGAACCGAUAGGUUCUCGCCUAUGGAAACCAAAGAUAUGCUGAUAAGUUUUCUAUUCGUGGUGAAGCACCUUUCGCCGGAUCACAUGAUCGCCUGGUGGCACAACUGCACCGAAAGUGAAACAGUGCAAUUCUUCACCGUAUUGGAUCUUUGUUUGCUCUACUUCCGCUAUGUGGGUAAGAAAAACAUCCAGUUACUCGGUGAAAUCGGGAAGGACACAAAGACAUCCAAAACUGCAAAAGCCAGUACUCUGCCAGCCCGAAUGAUGCCACCGAGCAGUGAGUCUGCGAAUUCGUUCGAGUGCGGGACCUUGAAUCAUCCUCAGAACCGGGAGAAUCUAGUCGAAGAAACGAUGCGUUUGCAACGGGCGCUCUACGAGUCCAAUCUAGCGACGGAGAUAGGACUGUCGAUCCUGGACUGCAUGGGUUUGUACUCAAUUCAGUUCAGAAGUUCGAUGCUAGAAAGUUCUGUCCUGCCGAAGAUCGCUCGAGUGUAUCUGCGCUUCUUGCAGCUGGGACAAUCGGAAUCGCUUUCGAAGCAUGUGUUCGCAGCGCUACGCGCCUUCAUUAACAAUUUUUCGCAGGCGUUAUUCAAAGGGAAUGCUAUUUUGUGUGGUCAGCUGGUCUACGAGUUGCUCAAAUGUUGUGAUAGCCGACUGUCUAGCUUACGCCAAGAAGCUUGCGCGGUUCUGUACUUACUGAUGCGAAGCAACUUCGAGUUUAGUGGACGCAAAGGUCUAACCAGAGUUCAUCUGCAAGUAAUCAUCUCGGUAUCGCAGAUGAUCGGAAAUGUGAUUGGAUUGAAUAACGCUCGCUUCCAGGAGUCUUUAUCGAUCAUCAACAGCUAUGCCACCAGUGAUAAAGCGAUGAAAGGUACAGGUUUUCCAAUGGAAGUUAAAGAUCUGACCCGACGGGUUAGAACGGUGCUAAUGGCAACCGCCCAGAUGCAGGCUCACCACAUGGACCCAGAGCGCUUGUUGGAGCUCCAACACUCGCUUGCGAACUCCUAUGCGUCUACGCCGGAACUCCGGCAUACCUGGCUGGUAACAAUGGCCCGCAAUCACGAACAAAAUGGCAACAUUUCCGAAGCGGCGUGUUGCUACCUGCACAUAGCGGCACUGAUCUCUGAGUAUCUCAAACUGAAAGGCAGCUGUGCAGUAGCCUACGGAGCGGAAUCUUUCGCCAAGAUCUCACGUAACAUUCCACGCGACGAGAAAGGCCUGAAACUGGACAGUGGUGCACAGGAUUCACAGUAUACAGAGCAACUGCUGCUGGAUCAGUUGAAAGAGUGUGCCGAAUAUUUGGAUCGAGCUGAACGGCAUGAGUGCUUGGGAGAGCUUUAUCGGUUGAUUGUGCCCAUUCUGGAGAGUCGCAGGGACUACCCUGGGUUGGCGCAUUGCUACGAACAUCUGAUGCAAUCGUAUAAUCGGGUGAUCGAGUUCAAUAAAACGGGCAAGCGUUUGUUGGGCAGAUUCUAUCGCGUUAUUUACUAUGGACAGGUGUACUUUGAAGAAGAAAAUGGCGUCGAGUAUGUUUACAAAGAGCCUAAGGUAACUUCGCUGAGCGAGAUAUCCGAACGUUUACACAAACAGUACCGAGACAAAUUUGGGGCAGAUAACGUGAAGAUGAUUAUGGACUCAUCACCGGUUGACGUAACGUCAUUGGAUCCAAAGCUGGCGUACAUUCAAGUGACCCAUGUGACACCAUAUUUUUGCAAGGACGAGCUGGAAAUCCGGCAAACUGAAUUUGAACAAAAUCAUGACGUGGAUACAUUUAUGUACGAGACACCGUUUACUCCAAAUGGUGGUGCAAGAGGCUCCGUGGAGGAUCAAUGGAAGAGAAGAAACAUACUGACGACUCAACACAGCUUCCCUUAUGUGCUGAAGCGUAUUCCGGUCAAAGAGCGUCAAUCGGUAGAGCUUAGCCCUAUCGAAGUAUCCAUCGAUGAAAUGCAGGCCAAGGUGGCAGAACUGGAAGAGGUAGUUCUGGGGCCCAUAGAUCUGAAGAAAUUACAGCUGCGACUGCAAGGCAGUGUUGCAGUCACCGUCAAUGCUGGUCCGUUGGCAUACGCGUCCGCUUUUCUGGACCCAAAAUGGAGUGGAAAAUAUCCGGUGGACAAGGUGGAAGAGCUAAAGGAUAUUUUUCGUGAAUUUAUCCGCAUUUGCUACACGGCGUUGCAGAUCAACGCCAACGUCAUCUCGACUGAUCAGCGCGAAUAUCACAAUGCGCUCAAGGAGAACUACGAAAACCUGUGUUCAGCACUCAGCGAUCUGCUGGGAGAGUUCGUCUAUCCCCUAGACGAUAGUAAUAACAACGCUCACCGUCAUAGUCUUGCCUUGUUCAGUGCCAUAAGUGGGGCACCGAAUAAUUCCAGCACUGCUUAGAUAGGAUUUUAGCCAAUCAUCUCGGAUCAAGCACGGCAUCCGUGAUAAAGGGUAUAAACAUUGGGAUGUUGCUUCGUUUCGGGAUUGUUUCGCAUGGGAUUGUAGUGUGAUAGUUAUAUCGGGCAACUUUCAUAAAAAUGUGGUGAGAAUGGGGUAAAGAAAAUUUAAAAACAAAAUUAUCACUGAGGUAUGCGACGUCUCCAUCCCUCGGAAUAAAAAUGUAGAAAUAUCUGUGCCUAACGCGGAUUGUCAGAGGUUGGUGUGAGGAUAUGUUUUGGCUAUGUAAUUGACAUAAAAUUUAUAAUUUUCACUCUUUUCAACACUCGCACUGCAAAAGUACUUUUACAAUCUUUGCCAUACACAACUGUACGAUCCAACAAAAAGACACCAUCUGCCAACACUCGCACUACAAGGGUUCUUUUAUACCAUAUGCCGAAUACAAUUUUAUAAGCCUUUUUUGUCGCUUGCUUCGAAUAACUAAACACAAAACAUUCCUACAAUGUUUUAUUGAACUUAGACCAGUUUGACAAUUUAUUCACCUAUUCAAACAGAAGAAAUCUAAUCAAAAACUGUCAGAAUGUUUAAAAAAAAUUCACACCCUCCUUUGCUCACAAUGCACUCUGAAAAAUAUCAACAGCAAAUUCACACACUUAUGCCAAACAAUCUCACAGCAAACGAAGCUAAGCUGCCCACAAAAAGAAAACGUAAAAAUAACGCACAACAAUAUAUAGGUAUUGAAUGGUUUUAAACGGCAAUAGUAAAGCACAACUGAGGCACCAGAACGAUUCGCGAUUUUAUAGGCGUUAUUAGAUAAGAAAUUUCCCCCACCCAAAAUCAAGUACAUUUACUUACCAAUACUUCCUCCACACAUGGUGUAACUCGUGAUUUAUACAAACUAUAAGAACUCUAGGUGUAUUAAUCCAUUUGAUCGACGUAGUGAAAAGAAACACAGAAAACCAACAUUGUUUGACAUUCUUCGGUUACGCUUCUGACGUUCGUAAUUCUCAGAGCAAUUCUAGCAGCUCCGCUAUUAGAAUGCACCCUUAUUCGGUAUUUAUUGUACAGUGACUACUAGAUGACAAGAUCAUACGUAAAAUUAUUAUACCAGACAAAACAGAACAUAACAAAAUACCGCAUUGUUUAGAUGUUAAAUUGUGUAGAAACAAAAGUUAUUUUAUAUCGAACAAAAGUAAGAAAAAGAAAACCGCAAAAAAAACUCAUCAAAAGAAUUUCGGCGAACGUUUGGCCUGUUUGCGGUCAAAUGCUGCCGGUAAAAUUCAAAUUGGAACUUACCUCGCAUAACUCUUAGUUUCAGUUUAUCAAUCCCUUUUAGAAGCGGGUUGAACGCGUGAGUUCCGCAACGCCCUCCCAGAAACGACGACCGAUCGCGUCAUUUUCUUCUGAAAGCUAGCAUUUUCUUCUAUUUGUGUUAUUAUGUGCUUUUAUUAUCGAAACUCCUGGAACCCAACGGGUGAACGAUCUAUUGUUUGUCCACGAAAAGUAAAACAAAUAAAUUAUAAUAAUAAUAAUGAAAAACUGAUAAUUAUGAGUCAAUAGAAAAUGUAGCUACAAAAUUUAAACGAACUAGCAAGACUGCAGAAUGAAAACCACAGAAACUCAAAUUACGAACAAUAUCAAUUAUUAGCAUGUUUCUUGAUCAAUGUGCACUGUCGUUUCAAUAACCUAAGAUGAAUAGAUGAAAUCUCACUCGAAUAGAAAAAAGAAAACUAUAUCCUUAUCUCAAAUGAAUAUUCUCACAGUUUUGACUCAUUUUAGUGCAUGUUUCAGUUUUCUUACUAGUCAGCAAAUAAGUAAUUACUCGAACUUGUGUAAAUUUUUAUCCUCUUCGAAUCGCUAUGUACAAAAAAAAAGAAACCUCUUUUGCGUGAUUGUUGCGUAUUAUGAAUACAUUUCAAUUUACUCCAAUAAAUAUUCGAUUUUACUUUUUACACACUUGAUUUAAGCGAACAGAACCUCCUCUAUUAUAUAGUUAUCGUAAAAUACAAGUUGUUGUAUACAUUGAAACUGUUCAGGUUUACAUAAGAUUUAAAAUUAUAUCAUAAGUAUGCAGUGUAUACAAAAUUGUUAUUAAGUGUGUUUAUAACCCUGUUAAUUGUAUUAAGUUGUAUAGACUUUCUCGCUUUCUUAAAUUAUAGCAAUCACGCCAAGGUAAUGAACUUGUGUUCAAUACUAUCACUGUGCUCCAGUUGAAUUCUUUCUUUUUCACGCUUUAGUCUAACUGAAGUAGCAUACUAAGGACAUCAACAACAACAACAAUAGUAACACAUAGAAAAUGGUAUACUCGUCAGGAAUCAUUUUCAAUAAUACGAAUCUCAUGGCUGCAGCGGUACCCUCAAUUAUACACAUUCUAUUGAAACAAAGUUAUUCUAGGAACCAAUUUAGAAACAUAUACAUCAACUCUAAUAAAAUCAAAUAAUAAAUAAUCACCGUGAAUUUCCACGUGCAUUGCAUAAAUAUGGAGUCGGAAAAUCGUCCUGACGGUUGAUGGAUCGAUCCUAUUGUUUCACGCAUAACAAAAUAUUCAGCAUACUGUGUUAAUCAGGAAAAAAUCACGAAGAAACUGGCACCGAAGCGUAUAAGAAUCAUUAAAUGAAUAUUCAAACUA